UGGCUCCAUCUGGUUAAUCGGUUCUUCUCUUCGGUUCCCCCUGUUGGCAGAAUUUGAUUUCACUCUAAUUCUGUUUUCUCCUGUUUCUUGUUUAUUAAAUUGUUUCAUCCGGUCUCCAAUUAAUUUAUCACUAAAGACAACAUGGCGAUGAGUGCUCUUGCUACCAAGUUUGGUCCCACUUUUAAUAUUGCCAAAAAUGCCUCAUCUAAAUUACCAAUUAAACAGAUGUUGAAGAUUAAUGGAGCCACUAGUGUUCAGGCUUUCCGAUGUAUUAGUAAUUCUACACCAAGGAAAGCUGCUUCUGCUGAGGUUUCAUCUAUUUUAGAGGAACGAAUUCUUGGUAAAACAUCUUCAGUUGAUCUUGAGGAGACCGGUCGAGUCUUGAGCAUCGGUGAUGGUAUCGCUCGUGUCUAUGGUCUUAAGAAUAUCCAGGCCGAAGAGAUGGUUGAAUUCUCUAGUGGUCUUAAGGGUAUGGCUCUUAACUUGGAGCCUGAUAACGUAGGUAUUGUCGUUUUCGGUAAUGACAAACUUAUCAAAGAAGGAGAUAUUGUCAAGCGAACUGGUGCUAUCGUCGAUGUACCUGUUGGUGAUGGACUAUUAGGGCGUGUAGUUGAUGCUUUGGGUAAUCCAAUUGAUGGAAAGGGUCCAGUCAACAGUAAACAACGAUCUCGAGUCGGAGUUAAAGCACCCGGUAUCAUUCCUAGAAUCAGUGUUAGGGAACCUAUGUUGAGUGGAAUCAAAGCCGUAGACAGUUUAGUACCAAUUGGUAGAGGUCAACGAGAGUUGAUCAUUGGUGAUCGUCAAACUGGUAAAACUGCCAUUGCUAUUGAUACUAUUAUCAAUCAAAAGCGUUUCAAUGAAUCUGACGACAACAAGAAGAAACUUUUCUGUAUCUACGUUGCUAUCGGUCAAAAGAGAUCAACAGUCGCUCAAAUUGUAAAGCGAUUAACUGAUGCUGAUGCCAUGAAGUACACCAUCGUUGUUUCCGCUACUGCCUCUGAUGCAGCUCCUCUUCAAUACCUUGCACCAUAUUCUGGUUGUGCUAUGGGAGAGUUUUUCCGAGACAAUGGAAUGCACGCUUUAAUUAUUUUUGACGAUCUUUCCAAGCAGGCUGUUGCCUAUCGUCAAAUGUCUCUUCUUUUACGUCGACCUCCCGGUCGUGAGGCUUACCCUGGUGACGUCUUCUACCUUCACUCUCGUCUAUUGGAAAGAGCUGCUAAAAUGAACGAAACUCAUGGUGGUGGUUCAUUAACUGCUCUUCCAGUUAUUGAAACACAGGCUGGUGACGUAUCUGCAUAUAUUCCUACCAAUGUUAUCUCUAUUACCGAUGGUCAAAUUUUCUUAGAAACUGAACUUUUCUACAAAGGUAUUCGACCUGCAAUUAAUGUCGGUUUAUCUGUAUCUCGUGUCGGAUCUGCUGCUCAAACUCGAGCCAUGAAGCAAGUCGCUGGUUCCAUGAAACUUGAAUUAGCCCAAUAUCGUGAAGUCGCUGCUUUCGCUCAAUUUGGUUCUGAUUUGGAUGCUGCAACCCAACAAUUGCUUUCCAGAGGUGUUCGUUUGACUGAGCUUCUUAAACAAGGUCAAUAUGUUCCCAUGCCAAUUGAGGACCAAGUAGCCGUUGUUUACACCGGUGUCCGAGGUUAUCUAGAUAAACUUGACCCAUCAAAGAUUGGUGAAUUUGAGCGACAAUUUUUAGCCCACAUUAAAUCAUCACACUCAGAUAUUCUUAAAGCUAUUGCCACCGAGGGUAAAAUUAGUGAUACCGUUGAUGCUAAAUUGAAGCAGGUUGUUACCGAUUUCAUGGCCACUUUCACCGCUUAAAAAGAGAUAGAGAAAGAAAUUUAAACAACAAUUUUCUCCUUAUGAAGAAAAGAACCUUUUUUUUCUCGGUGUAAACCCUUUAACUCCCCUCCCUUUCUCUCUCUUCACCAUCUACCACCACCCAGAUAUAGCAAUCAACAUCAAUCAACUAAUUUCACAACAAAAUUGUUUAGGUUGUUUAGUAAGAAAAAAUUGAUUAUCAAUCCUCAAAAAAGAAGAAGAUUUAACUAAUUAUGAUGGAAAAUGCGAAGAAAAGAAAAAAUUUGGAACCAAGUAUACAAUUAAAACUGGUCAAUGUUUCCAACAAUCAACAAACCACCAUCUUAAAAACUGGUCAACUACCAAUUGUAUAAAUUUAAAAACAAUCUAAUUGUGACCAUGUUAAUUGUUUCCUCACUUCCUAAUAUAUUAUGUAUAAGUUAAAAUAAUUUACCAUCUCAGUUGCAUUGAAAAAAAAUAAUUAAAAGAAAACAUGUCAUCAGUUUUAAAUUCAA